AUGGCGAAUAAUAUGACAAACAUAAUCAGUAUCAUUGUGAAUCCGCUCCCCCCCCCCGCCCCUCAACCCACCUUUACCCCCCAGUCCUCGCCUUCUCCCUCUGCGUCCGGGACCUCUCGGUCCAUGGGUGAAAUUUUGGUGUCCAAGCCGGGCUUUUGGGCCGUGUUGGCCGUGGUCAUUUUGUGCAUCGCCGGCGGUGCCGGCUAUUUUAUACGGAGGCGGCUAGCCUCCAAGGAGAAGGGUUCUGAGGGUAUCCCCCUCCCCAAUAUCGGUACGCGCGAGCAGCGCGAGGAUACCUGUGGGGAUCUCCCCACAGGGGAUAAUGUGGAAGGCCGUGUGCUUGUUGUGACCCCCCAGACCCCCACGACCCUGGCCACCCCCCAUGACCCCCAGACCCCCACCCCGCCCAAAAGGAAGAGGAGGCUGACCUCCUCAAACUUGUCCAGCGGGAGUACCGUGAUUCGCAAUGGCUUGCACGGGCUGAAAGAGCCCUUCGGAAUUGACUCGCCGGCUGCGGUGGCUGGCUUGACCUGCUGA